AAGUGGAGUCCCUGGGCUGUCCCGGGGCGUCAUGGUGUUGAGGCUACAGACGAAGCCAGGAGCAGCUGGUGGCAUGGCUCUGAGGUGUCAGUUUCACCUAAGCUGGCCGGGGAGGGUCGUUAUGCAGACUCCAAACAGCUUCCACCCCCCCAACACAAAGCACGCAAGAGUUUUAGGGAUGAGGGGUCUGGCCUGCGCUGUGGGUGGCUUGUGCGACUCUUGAUCUUGGGGUUGUGAGUUCAAGACCCACAGUGGGUGUGGAUGUUACUUAAAAAUAAAAUAUUAAGAAAAAAGGCUCAGAGAUGAAACAGGAAUUCAGAUGAGGGCUGUGCUUCUGGUUGGUCACUUCAGGGUAGGGUUGCCGUCCUGGCUGGUGGGGGCCUGAGAGGGGCAUUUAUGCAGGGUCCCCGACAGUCCUGUAGAGGCUGUAGGCUGGGAGGAAAGAGGACGGCGCAGGACGCCUCCCUCACUUAGCCAACCCCACGAGCAUCUUCCAGCCUUGAUUGUUACGGGGCUCCUGGCUGGAGCCUUUCUGUCCAGGUUGAAACCUGGUUUUCGCCCAGUGCUGGCUGUUGGUAGGACGGCGGGGGAAGUGUUGGAGCUGGAGGGGAACUGCUGGCUGCCGCAGGUGUAGACCGCUGUCGGAGGAGCCCAGGCCUAGCCGAGAGCAGGGCAGAAGCAGUACUGUGUUGUGGGCACUCCCGUCCACGGCUCUGGUGAGGGGCCUUGCUGCCUGAAAGCCUAUGUGCUAUGUUCAAGGGGAAUGUCUCCUUUUUAGAAGGCAGAAGGCACCUCUGUCCUUUCAGGAGACCUUGGGGACACACAGGGCAGCCCCUCUGCAGUUCGGGCUCACUUCCUCCGGUUUCUCCACUGCCCGCAGCCUGCAUAGGUCACAAGAGAAAACAACAGGAGAAUUCCAGGCCCAGCCGGGGAUCAGCUUGCGCCAUCUCAGGCCUCUUCAACUGCGUCACCAUCCGCCCUCUGAACAUCGCGGCCGGCGUGUGGAUGAUCAUGAACGCCUUCAUCCUGCUGCUCUGCGAGGCGCCCUUCUGCUGCCAGUUCAUUGAGUUCGCGAACACGCUGGCUGAGAAGGUGGACCGGCUGCGCUCCUGGCAGAAGGCUGUCUUCUACUGCGGGAUGGCCGUCAUUCCCAUCGUCAUCAGCCUGACCCUGACCACGCUGCUGGGCAAUGCCAUUGCGUUCGCCACCGGCGUGCUGUAUGGACUCUCCGCUCUGGGCAAAAAGGGCGAUGCGAUCUCCUAUGCCAGGAUCCAGCAGCAGAAGCAGCAGGUGGACGAGGAGAAGCUCACGGACACCCUGGAAGGGGAGCUGUAAUCUUGGUGUCUCCCGGCCCUGGGCCUUGGCCCGCAGCAGGAAGACCGGCGGUGACAGCGGGCAGCCACGGUGACCCAGGCUGCAGGGCUGGAGGCAGGGCGGGGCCUGCCUGGUCCCACUCCUCGUGGCCGGCUCGGCUCAGCUGGAAACGUGCUGCCGUGUGCAUUUCCGGACGCCCCCCGCCAGCGGAGUCCCCGGGACCUGCUGAAGGCUCGGGCGGGGCUUCCCCCACAGAUGCUGGGCCUGUGCCGAGCGGGGAGCCAUGUCACCCUGGGCCUGGGCAUUGGGCAGAGUGAGCCUCCACUUGGCUCUCCAGGCAAGAAAUUAACUUGUAGGCUGAGUCAUCUGGGCCCCGCUGUCUACCUGUCAUCGGGACAGCGAUGCCGUGGCCCAUGCCCAGGCACCUACCACUGCCCAGGUUCCUCCCCGCCUCUCUGUUCUCCGUGGAGCCCACAGCACUCCCGAGAUGCUUCCUGAGUGUCCAGAACAGCAACCUUGGCAGUGGCUGGACAGCUAGGGACUGCUCCCGCCCCCGGUUCCCCGGAAGCUUGCACAAGCCAUCCAGCAUACUUCUGGGUCCUGGCCCGGGCCUCCAGGUUCUCCCUCCAACCCGCAAGGCCCUGGUGCCGAGGAAGUGGGGAGGGCAGGCUCUCCUUUGUCCUGUGGGUCUGUUUGUCCAUCUUUCUGGCGUGGUCCUGCCACGUCAGCCGUGGCCCAACCGAGUUAGUAGGGCUGAGUUCAACCCACCAAUAUUGCUGCCGGCCUACCCCCCGACCCUGCCUUCGGGGAGUUUCUUGCCUUUGAGAGCUGGGCAGAGACCAGAGCUGCCUCCGCCACCAUGAGCUGUACCCGGGCCACCUGGGAGCACUCAGGCCUGUGUGGAUGGUGCGAGGCGGCGGCCCUGCCUGGGCUGUGCGCCGUCGCCCCCGGCCUCCCUCCGCGCCAGCAUUCCGGGGUCCCCUGCGUGUGUCCGCCGCAGCCCGUGGACGGCUCUGCUCAAGGGACCAGCCCCCAGCUGCUAGGCCUGUCCGAUGGGGCCUGGCCAAGCCCGGGCGGCAGUGGGCACAGAUGGGUUGGUGUGGAAAAGGUCUAGCCCUGCUCUUCCUUCUCCCAGGACCCUAGCUGUGCCAGCUCCCAGCCCUGAGCUCCGCCCCAGCCCUGCUUUGUUCAAAGCAGCCCUAGGGCUGUGUCCAAAUCCUUGCUUCCCGGAGACAGCUCCCCUCUGGGGGGGGCGCUGUGCUUGUCAGUGUGGGACCGAGGGAGGGACAUGUCACAGGGCUUCUGCUCAGCAGCGGCCCCCAGCGGCCUUCCAGAGAGCCCACCAGGCUGAGCCCCAGGGCAUAGCAGCUGGCCGGCCUGGUGGGACACGUGCCUUCAGGGGUCCCCUGGGACCACCUUUCUCAAGCAAGCGCUGGGUUCAAAGGGCUCUGGGUUCUAUACUCUCCAGGCGGGCGGGGGUGUGCGUGUGUGUGUGUUCUGCGUGUGCUACAAGACCUGUCUACCUCCCCAGAGGAGCAAGGGCCCUGCCUGCCCCUCUUGGCUCAUUCUUACCGAGGCAGUGGGAUGCGGGGGUCACUUCUGCCCAGCCCUCCUGACCCCGCUGCACGGGCCUCGCUGGCGGGGCUUCCUUCUGCAGGGGGAGAGGCUGGCUGUGUCCAGGAAGGCUGCACCUCUACCCCAUCAGGUCGGGUGGGAUCUCGAGGCAGGCGCAGACCCUCCAGCCCGAGUCAUCGGCCGGGUCGGACCCGUCACGUGUCCGGGGUUCCCAGCGAGCCCGGCGAAGCAGUCCCGGAGCAGUGACCCUGUCCCUCAGUGUGGGGUGCCGCCUCACAAGGAACAUCCGUCCUGGUGGCAGAAGGGGCCAGGCCGCCCGGUUCUGUUCCCGCCUCCAUGGGUCUGGACUCUGUCGUCUUGGGGUCCUCGUUUCUCGCAGUGUUCGGCUUGCGUUUUGAGCAAUAAAGCUUGGUGUAGGCG